AUGGAGGUAGCGAAGAAAUCAUCAGUGGAAGCUGGGGGGAUGAUCCGCAUGGAAAUAGGCGCUGGCGCCUCUGCCGGAGACCUGCCGGCGGCGAGGAUGGAGGUGGUGUACGAGAUGGUGGGGCGGCUGGGGUCCUGCAACGCGGUGGUGGUAUUCAGCAAGAGCCGGUGCUGCAUGUGCACCGUCGCCAAGCGCCUCCUCUUCAGCCUCGGCGUGGGCCCUGCAGUCGUCGAGCUCGACGAGCACGCCGCGGGCUGCGACAUCGAGGCCGUGCUGAGCCAGCUCAUGUUCGGCAGUGGUGGUGAAGGAGGAGGAGGGAUGCAUCGGCAGCAUUCGGCGGCAGCGGCUGCUGUGCCGGCGGUGUUUGUUGGGGGGAAGUUGUUGGGCGGAGUGGAGACUCUCAUGGCUUGCCACAUCAACGGCACUCUAGUCCCUCUCCUCAAGGAUGCCGGUGCUCUUUGGCUUUGA